AUGGGUUUAGUGUUUUAUAGUCACAGAUGUGCCUUCAAAAGCGACUCCCGCACUGAGGCGCCUCAUUUGGCACGUGGGAGCGUUUAAUGUCAUAACGGUGAGAUACCCUUGUCUGUUACUGCUGUGAGCGUGCUCCAGUGCUGUCUGAAGUCACCACCCUUUAUUCCCAGGAAAUCCAGCAAACAAAACAAACUUUCCGGCAAAUGAGCAGGACAGAGUGCAGAACCUGCUAAGAUAUCAUCACUGUGUUCUCUCCACACGAUUCUCUGCUGAGGUGCUGUGGGUGCAGGGCAGCAGUCCAGUCCCCUGGUGGUGUUUCUCACAAUUCCUUUUUCAUUCGUGUGCAGUGUCUCAGUACCAGAGAAAGUGCUUACAGGGCUCUGCUGCAGCCAGAGAUAAAGACUGAUCACCGACCAUGAAGGCCAUCGCUUCUAAUAGGACAAGCAUCAUCAUCUUCGUCUUACUGGUUGUCUUUGUCUUAGUCUUUGUGCUACUAAACAUGCAGCAUAAAGUCCACCAUCCUAAACAAUCCACCAUCAAUGUAUCAACAGUUUCCACUGACCCCGACAAGCGUCACGGCUUCUGCACCUUCCAGCCACACUCCCAUGAGGACACUGUGGAAGAACGCCUCCUAGUAGACUCCAUUGCUUGGCCUGAAACUCCACUUUUGCCAUCUCCUGUUUCCCUGGAGAAUACCAGUGAUCCAGCUCACAGCACCUUCACCAUUCUCCCAAGGAGGGGAGGAGGACAGUGGCAUGUAGGGGAUCAGCUGGAGGUCAUGAUAACAAUGUCUGACUUUCAGGGCCGUUCCAAGGAGUAUGGGGGGGACCUCUUACUCGCCCGCUUGCACAACCUGAAGCUUGGUGCAGGUGUAGCUGGGCAAGUGGUGGAUCAUCUCAAUGGGAGCUACUCUGCUGUGUUCUCUUUACCCUGGGAAGGAGACGCGCAGGUUGAGGUGACGCUGGUUCAUUCUAGUGAGGCUAUCACUGUGCUGAGGAGGGUGACCAGAGAACAGCCUGACAGGGUUACCUUCAGCAGCCGCUUCCGCUCAGGCUCACACUCUGAAACUACCCUCUGUAACGUCUGCCUACGUCCAACCCAGAAACCUCUUUGCAACUACACUGACCUCCGUACAGGUGAGCCUUGGUUCUGCUACAAGCCAAAGAAGCUGAGCUGUGAUGCCAGAAUCAGCCACUCCAGGCAAAUAUACAGACCAAACCUCAAGGAAGACGAGAGGAAGCUCUUUCAAAGUGGUGUCAACAUGAAAGUCCUCAUUCAGGCUUCCGGACCUGACAGUGUCAGCAUAUUGCCAAAAGAGGAAGGUCAGCCAGAGGUUAUGAGAAGCAAUGUGACAUCUGGACCCUCUGGCUAUUACUACCAUGGUAUGUGGCGAGCACUAGGAGGCCCCACAGUUCAUCAAUUCAACACCUCUGCCAUCAGUCAGUGUCUGAAAGGCAAGGUGGUCCACAUGUAUGGAGACUCCACCAUCAGGCAGUGGUUUGAAUACCUCAGAGCUCUACCAGAUCUUAAGGAGGUCGACCUGCACAGCCAGAGGCAAGUUGGACCUUUCAUGGCCUUACACUAUACAAACAACAUCUUGGUGACAUUCCGCUGCCACGGUCCUCCUAUCCGUUUUAACAUGGUCCACACCAGCGAGCUUCGUUACAUUGCUAAUGAACUAGAUGGUGUAAAUGGAGGCAUCAAUACUGUCGUAGUUUUUGGUAUCUGGUCUCACUUCAGCACUUUCCCUGUGGAGAUCUACAUCCAGCGGAUCCGGAGCAUCCGCAGGGCAGUUGUGAGGCUGCUGGACAGGGCUCCAGGCACGCUGGUUGUUAUCCGGACAGGAAACCCCAAAGUUUUAAAGGGACUUUAUGAAACAUUAACCAACAGUGACUGGUACACUCUGCAGCGUGAUAAGGUGCUCAGACUCAUGUUCAAAGGACUGAAUGUUCAUCUGAUUGAUGCCUGGGAGAUGGUCGUGGCCCACCACCUGCCACACAGCCUCCACCCACAACCUCCCAUUGUUAAGAAUAUGAUUGACCUUCUCUUGUCUUACAUAUGCCCUUAGAGGGACAGUUAUU